UCCAUCUGAAGGUUUGACAUUGGACGAGAGUAGUUUGACAAUGACUGAGGACAAUUUACUUGAUGACUCCUUCCCGGACAAAGUAACAGUGGAUAAUGAUGUUAGUUUUCUCUUGGACAACUCUACAGAAAUUAAUUACUUAGAUGAGGAAACAGUGAAAUCUCAUUCUACAAGUAGUAGUUCAGUUCCACCUACAACAGUGAGCAGCUUAUCCCCUGCAUCUGAUAACAAUGAUGUAAAUGCCCAGGAGACAAUGAUGACAUCAGAAAUUACUGACUCUGUUUUCACUACUCUUAACCCCGGGACCAUUAUACCAAACAGCCCCUCGAUACAAACCACAACCAGCAUUAUUUCUUCCCCCUCUCAGUCAUAUGGAAAAGAAAGCAGUGAAGUGCCUGUGAUGACUGAAACAGUAUCAGAGGUACCAGAGAUGCAAAGUACCACAUUUGGCAGCACAUCUACAACUACUCGAUUUUCUCCUAGCACUCGGAAGAGAAGAUUGCCUUUGAGAAAGGAUUUUGCUAUCGCACUCUUAAAAAUAGUUUCCCGUGUGAAUCGCCCUACUGUACCAUUCUAUGUUACAACUGUCACUUCUAAUUUAAAUGAAGAAUCUACAGUACCAUACUCCCCACCUGUUACUUCAGCAGCUGAAAUGAUUUCAGAGCUCUCUCAACAAGACGUCACUACCUUCUCUCCAUAUGUCACAUCAUUGGCAAAAAAGAUUACAACAAGAGCUGUAACAUAUUCUCCGAAGGUUGUUUCUUCUGCCACUGUGGGAACCACACCACAUAAUUCCACUGCUAAACUAAAAGCCACUUCCAUUAAUUUGGUGACAGAGAAAAUGCCAGAAGUUUUCACUACAUCUGACUUGUUUAAAUCCACAUCUACAUUUGCACCACUGUCUUCACCAUUACUUAGCCUUUCUUCUGAUGCAAUAAAUUCUACCACAGCAACUCCAACUGCAACUGUAGCAGUUCCCAUUACUGAAACUACUUUAUCAGAAACUGUCACUGUUGUUUCCAGUACAGAAACUCUCACGUCAACAGUUUCUGAAAUAAAGCCUUCUACAAGCACAGAAGCUGUAAACAAUCUUGCUACAAAUAAGUCUGUAGCUGCCUUUACAGAAAAUAUUAUUGAUGAAAUACAGACCAGUUAUUCCAAUAAAAUUGUACAUACCAGCAACUCGUCUUCUCAGGAAGCAAUGAAAAUUAGGAAUUCUAAAAUCAGAUUUGUUUCUGUUGACAGACCACCUCUGGAAAGUGACAAUCUUGUUACUGAAUCGUCACCUGACUUAAGUUCUUCAGUAAAAGAGUCUGUAGUUACGGAGCAAUCAACAGCAACUUAUUCAAAUACUGAAAAAGUUUCAGCAUCUUCUACUGUACAAAUUCCUGCCUCUUCUAGUACAACAAGUGACAGUGAGUUUGCUUCUGUAGAGAUGCUGAAAAUGAUAAAUACAUCAACAAUGGCUGUUUCAGUUGACAGAGCUCUUCCAAACAAUGAUACCCUUGAUGCAAAUCAACCAAUCAGUCUCGUACCUUCUGCUUCACCUAACACAUCCAGCAUUUCCUUGCCAGUGACAGGAGCAUCAAAACUCGUUAUAGACUCUGUGACACAAUCUGUACCAUCUUCUACAGAGACUGACUCCUUAGUUAGAACACGCUUCCCAGUGAGAAUUACUAUUGCACCAAGAGGUACUGCUAGUACUACUACUAUACCUCCACUUGUAAAAGGAAAAAGCAAUAGUGAUCCAGUUGCCCAAAGGAGGAUUGUGGAUAAUGUUAAUGACGAGACUCAGCAUUUAGCCACUACAUCUCAUUAUCAAACUACAACUACAGUCCGCACUCCUCUUCCCUUUGUUAUCUUUGGAAUAUUCCCUAAUAACACUGUGUUCCGCAAAUACCCUCAUUCUGGAAAGACAGAACAAGUCAGUGAAAAUGAGAUUGCUAGACAUCAAGAGUAUUAUCCUGAAGAGCAGACAUCACAGACCAGUUAUACUACCUCAGUAACUGGUGACCCAAUAGGAAAUGAAAUAUUAUACAGGAAUGCAAUGAGAAAUUCAGUUCAAACAAGUCUGCCUCGUGCUACAGUGAAUACAAGGCUGCCUGCAGGAAGAAAUCCAUCAGAGAAUGAAGUAGCAUGGGCUCUUGGCACCAGAACAAGCAUCCCUAUUCCACCAGCACAAAGUGAAAUAGACAGCGGGCAGCAGACUGAAAUGAUCAGUGAUUCCAAAACGUUCAUCACAGGGCCUGAGUCAAUAGUAGUGAGUGCUUCUGACAGAUCAGUGAUUCCUACUGUUACUCAACGUGUACAGCCUCAAGUGACAUUUGCUCUUCCAUCUGAGGUAUCAAAUUCUGUCUAUAAUGUUCAGGGCUCCAAAUACAGCAACUAUUGGUCCAGCUCCACGAGUGAGAAGCCCAAGUUCCACUACAUUACCAGCAACUCUCUUUUUGCUGAAAUUUCAACAUCAACAUCUAUCCCCCUGUUCAUUGUUACACCUGAACCAGCAACUUCCAGCACGACAAAGAUAGUAUAUAAAUGGAAACCAGUUACUGAGAAGCAAAAUCUUGUUGAAAAGACCACCGACAAUGGCAUAUCCUCAACAAAAACUGAAAAACUGAACAUUGCUACACAGUUGCCCAUACAAACAAAUGCUCAGACAGUCCCUUCAUCAACUGUGAGCAGUACUGAAGCAACAUUACCAUUGUCAUCAUCAACCAUGACUAUAUCCCAGAUCACAGAUAACAUAUUGCGUGGAGUACCUAAACUUGAGACUGCUGCUACCAUUCUAUCUGGCAUCAGUAAUCCACAAGAGAUGACAACCCCAGUGAUCAGUGCAAGUGAAUCAACAAGCAAACUAUCCACAGUUGAAAGGAUUGGUAGCACACUUUUAUCAUCAGUGCCAAUGAUGAAAGAAAGACUAACUACUAGUGCUAGAGUAACCACAGAAAGAUUCUUGUCACAACCAGCAACAUCACCAUCACCCCCGCUGAGUAUUAGAGGCUUGAUUUCGAGGGUUCUGGGAAAUAUUACACCAAACUUGUCAACAGCUUCAACUAUUGGAAAGUCUACUGCAUCUCCAGUAAUGACAGUGACAGCCAAAAGACAGCUGACAACUAUGACAUCACUACCAGUAAGUUCCUACAUAACUGAAAGACUGGUGACAGUAACUCCUGUUGCCCCACUGACAAAUAAUUCAUCUUCAAAACCUAUUGACAUAUCAUCUGCAUCUGUAGAAACUAAAACAGUUGCUCCGACCACUAAACCAGCAACCUCACAACCGACCACUGCUAAGGCUGCACCUGCCACAGUAACAACUAUUAAGACAACAACCAAAGCUACAACUAUGAAACCAGCUAUUGUGACCAUUGCCACAUCUCUCAUGACAACAACUUUGAAACCUACCAGCCAAAAGUCAUCAACCUCUAAACCCUCUACACCAAAGCCUACAACUCCCAAACCUACCACAGCAAAGGCAACAACUCCCAAACCAACCACACCAAAGCCAACAACUCCCAAACUAACCACAUCAAAGCCAACAACUCCCAAACCUACCACACCAAAGUCAACAACUCCCAAACCUACCACACCAAAGCCAACAACUCCCAAAUCAACCACACCAAAGUCAACAACUCCCAAACCCACCACAGCAAAGCUAACAACUUCCAAACCUCCCACAGCAAAGCCAAUGACUUCCAAACCCACCACACCAAAACCAACAACUUCCAAACCCACCACUCCAAAGCCCACAACUUCCAAACCUAUGACACCAAAGCCAACAACUUCCAAACCUGCUGCACCAAAGUUAACAACUUCCAAAACUGCAGCACCAAAGCCUACAACUCCCAAACCAACCACACCAAAGCCAAUGACUCCCAAACCCACCACUGCAAAGCCAAUGACUUCUAAACCCACUACACCAAAGCCUACAAAUUCCAGACCCACCACACCAAAGGCAACAACUUCUCAGCUGGCAGCACCAAAUCCUAGUACUUCUAAACCAACAGAAAAAAUUACCCGUCCACUGGAAAAGACCAUAUCCACAGUUGCUCAAACUACAUCUGACUCAACUUCCGCAACUUAUACUCCACCUCCUGUUACUUCUCCUAGAAAUUCACUUGCAUACUCAUCACUGAACACUGUAGAAUCAGGCAUCAAACAUGUAGAAAGUGAAUCUGUGCAUGAAAGAAAUAACUGGCAGACACUAGACAGACAAGGUCGUUUAGAAGAACUCUCUCUUCUUAAUAUUCUGGCACAAAAUGUUGGUGGCAGGCAAGAACAAAAGAAAGUGAAUCUGGCUGAUAAGGUCAUUGAAGCAGCUUUGUAGCGGUCUUCUACAACUUCUUUGCCCCUUUUCAACAAUAAUCUUCCA